UCCCAGCGUCUCUUCAUGAUCCUCUGGCUGAAAGGAGUCGUGUUCAAUGUCACCACUGUGGAUCUGAAAAGAAAGCCAGCCGACCUGCACAACCUCGCUCCUGGUGCGCACCCACCCUUCCUGACCUUCAAUGGGGAUGUGAAGACUGACGUCAACAAGAUAGAGGAGUUCCUGGAGGAGACCUUAACCCCCGACAAGUACCCCAAACUGGCUGCAAAACACCGGGAAUCGAAUACUGCAGGCAUUGACAUCUUCUCCAAAUUCUCAGCCUACAUUAAAAACACCAAGCAGCAGAACAAUGCAGCCCUUGAGAGGGGCUUGACAAAGGCACUGAAGAAGCUGGAUGACUACCUGAACACCCCUCUGCCAGAGGAGAUUGAUACCAACACCCGUGGGGAUGAGAAAGGGUCCCAGCGCAAGUUCCUAGAUGGAGAUGAGCUGACCCUGGCCGACUGCAAUCUGCUCCCCAAGCUGCAUGUGGUCAAGAUUGUGGCUAAGAAGUACCGAAACUAUGACCUCCCAGCUGAGAUGACAGGCUUGUGGCGGUACCUCAAGAAUGCCUAUGCACGGGAUGAGUUCACCAACACCUGUGCAGCUGACAGCGAGAUUGAGCUGGCCUACGAAGAUGUUGCCAGACGCCUCAGCCGAUCCUGAGCUCAGCUGUCUGGCCCGAUUCUGCUGCAGAGGAAUUCUACAACUCCCAAAGGCCUUCAACUCCACAGACUCAUCUUCCUCAUUGCCUUGAGGAAAGAUUUAAAAGAAAAAAAAUUAGGCCACAUCUUGCUGGCACCCCUGAAAUCAACUCCAGCCUGCUACCUUCUAAGAUCAGUGCCAUCCUUCUGCCUUGUCCCGCAGGAGCCUGGCAAGAGGAGAGGACACAGCAGCAGGUCUUCCCGCCUGCUGGCCGGAUCUAGGGUCAGUGUAUCUGGGGUCAGUUUGGAGAGCGUCCCAGGGAUUGUCACUGGUCCCUUCUGCCAAUAUCAUAACACUUUUCCAGAUGCUUUAGCAACUCCAAUGCCAGCUUCUCUCCCACCCCCACCUUCCCAAUAACUGCAAGGCCACAGACGAAUAUGAUCAGUAGGGAGUGAUCCAUGCUUUGAUUGGGAUACAGUGCUGGGGGGGCUGGGGCUCAGCUGGGUGUGGCUCUGGGAAUCUAGCAGAGCAGUUACAGCUGCUCACUAUUUCUGACAGAGGGCCAUAUUGUCAUGUCCCCUUGGAUACACCUCAAUUUCCUGCAGUGCUGGGACCUGGUGUAAUAUGAAUGAAUAUGUCCUGGCCAGCACUGAUCCCACCUUUCUGUCUGACUCCAUUUUGCCACAAAGGCAGUUGACCUAUAAUUCUAAACUGAGGUGACCCAACUGGAGAGAGACUUCUGGGAAGCAAUGUUGAUGCCAAAAGGUCCAGCAGGGUCUACAGCCACAGGGGUCACUGACUUAAGAGUAGUCAUUCACUGGAGCUUACGUGAGUGGGUGUGACUGUGUUCUUCAAUGAGUGGCUUUGGGUUGGAGAAAGAGAUGGGAGGGGGAGGAGGAGGGACGGGAGGAGAUAAAGUUGUGAGUUUGAUGUGUAGCCUAGUAAACCUUUAGAGCAAUCUUCUCUCUCAUCUAAAUAUUAGACGGUAUUAGGACACACCUACCAACCAUAAAGCAUUGGCCAAAAAACGUCUUCCAGGCCCUUCCUAGUCACUUCCAGAUCUGGGCUGCCGCCUGACUGUGCUCAGGCUUCUAGUUUCUUCAGCCCCAGCCUCUGAUGGCAGAGAAAUUCUAUUAGGGAAUGGGUGAGCAAGGGCUACCUUAGGAAGAAAGUUCAUGGGUCUUUCUGACUGGGAAGCCACAACUUGAAUUUGGAAAAUAUACACUGUCCUGGGUUGAUUUUCCCACCAUCAGAAUUUUAAGAACAAAAGGCAAUAUUUUUUUAAGCUAAUAUUGCUCUCCUUAGUCAUUCUCCUUGUGUUUUACCUACAAAGUUCAUGGGGCCUGAACAUGGGAACCUGGGAUGACCAGGAGCCAUAUAUGACAAAUGAGUUAAUCAUUAGCUCUUCCUCAACCAGUGAGCUAGUGAGCGCCUGGGAGAAAUCCAUCCACUGGGCCUCAACUCCAACAAUCCUGCCUUCUGUGUCGUUGCCAGUGGAGGGCGAGGCUCCUGAGGGCCGGAAAGCCCCUGGACUUGGCUCAUUACUCUGGAGGGUGGGGCAGCACGGGUCCUUUCCAUAGAAACAUCAACAUGUGCUAACAGCUAACAGCCACUGGGCCCACCUGCCUCUAGGGAUCGCCAAAGCAAAGCGUGACCAUUGAUCUGAGAAGGGAGGAAGCAGGAGGUCUCCCUAGCCCAUUGGGGAAGAGGACUCUCUCUGCCUGCUAGGUCAUUUUGUAAACCUGAAAGGGCUUUGAAGAUGCAGCAAAAUGAGUUGAUUCAUUUCCACCCUACAGGAACCUUUCCACAGGCUCUCUGCAAGCUUCCCCUGGGGAUGUUUAAAAGUGUAGCACUGCUGAGGGAACAGCCCUUUACUGCAGGGAAGAGCCCCCAGUGGUCCUGGGGCGGUGGGGAGGGGGGGGACGACUUCCGGAACCAUCCAGAAGGCUGUUUAAUUAGUAGGAAACCAUGCUGUUCUCAGGAAUUCUUCCCAGAAUUCAUAAGCAAGCAGGGCUAACUCCAGGCAGCUCCCAGCCCCCGUGUCCUGCAGGUGGACUGAUAAUGAAGACAUGAAGAUCAGUAUACAUAAUAGACAGGCCCCAGGGGGAGGGGAGAAUUCUCAGGACCCUCAUGGGAUAGUCUGAACCCAGAAGUCGGCAAGUCAAUACUGAUUCUAAAAGGUCCUCCUGUUUUAUAACAAUAUUUAAGCAAUGUGGAGUAUUACAGGAUCAGUCAUAACCCCUUUAAAGAGAGACAUGAUUAUAGAAUGGAGGCUUUGCCAAGUACUUGAAUUCAGAAAUAAUUUAAUGUCAGAUAAUCAUAAUUAGACUGACCAGUGUUUUAGGACAUAAUUGUCAUGUGUAUAAAAAUAGCAAUAAAGCAAAUGAUGAUUAACCCCUUCCCCCACCCCCAGAAGAGACUUUUCUCCUGAGGCUCCAGCUUCUUUGGACCUUGGCCUUAACCUUGUCAAGUGUUUGAUUCACCAUCUGCAGCCGGUGGUGAGGUUCCAAGUCCCAGCCCAGACUGUGUGCAAGGGUUUGCAGUGCGGACACUACCUGCAGAGCCUGGAUAGGAGCUGUUCUGGAAAUGCCAGUCCUGCAAGAAGCAUUGGGGUGACAGAGAAAGGGAAGCUAUUUGAGGGAGCUAUUUCCUUUGUAUUCAUUUCUCACCCCGGAUUGUCAUAUGGCAAUCUUGUGUGUGUAAAGAGGUAAGUGGAAGUUGAGACAGACAGACAGACAGAGCCUAGAGUCAGAUUCAGAAUUACUGAGUUGAGUGUGUCUACCUAUUUAAAACUGCCUGUGUCUUAGAUUGACCCAGAGAAAAGGCUUUCAUUAAGAUAUUAGUAACUAUAUACAAUAAGAUAGAAAAGUGAGUUUUUGGUUGUUUCAGAACAUUUCAGUGCUGUGAAAAAGAAAAUCCCUGCUAAUCUUCAGGGUCACAGGCAUGUGUAUAUCUCACCUUUUAAAUGGGAGAUCUAGAUAGGCUCCUGGCAUCAAACAAAUCAAUUGCAAAGUAGAAAAGAGUCAGUCUGUUUAUUUGACCAGACAAUCUUAAACUAGUUCCAGCUUUCUGGUAGAUGGCACUGUCCCUGGUGUUCCCCUCUGGAGCUGAUGGGACCAGACAGGAUCUUGAUCUUUUUAUCAAAAAGAAGAUGCUCCAAGAAUGAGGUUUGGACCAUGUUUCUGGUGCCUUCUGGUUCUUGUGAGAUGAGGCAACAGUAGUGAAGACAGCACCUGUGCUUAGAGGUGGGCAUUAUGCAGAGAGAGAGAAAGAGCCCUAAGCAUUUUAGGACCAUCCUGGAAUAGAGCAUGCCUGGCACAGACAAAUGCUGACUAUUUAAGAGUGCCAAGAACCUGCCAGGCCCAGACAAAUUAUAUUAUGAAGGAAGACAAGGCAGAGUGUACCAUCACUAAGAGAGUUUGCAUCUACAAUCAAAUCAUUCUAGAAGCAAUAGGUAUCUGGUAGGUGCUUCUGGGGUUUCCCUCCAUCCCUCCAUGGUCCAGAAGUCAAUUCAGCAGCAAAAUCAAUCAGGAAACUAAUGUGGCCCUGCUUGGAAACAAGAAACAUUAACUAGUGGUUGAAACUAUGUAUAGUGAUUCUCAAGGGUUAUAUUUCAAAAUCUGUACAUUUGUAUCAUAAAAAGUCACAUAUAUUAUACCUAUAUAUGACAUUAAGAAAGACCUUUAGUUACUGGGAAGGAAAGUAGUGUGCCUAUGAAGCACCAGAUUCUACUGUUGGGACAACGUUCAGGAUCUUGUCAUUGGCCAUGGGGCCCUUCGACAGACAGGCCAGUGACCUUGUAGCCACUGCUCUCUACCACUCAAACUAACAGCUUGUGCCGAGUUCUAAGCACAUUCUCUUGCCACUUUACAAUAUUCCUUUCUCAGCCUAGUUUCAAGACACUUUCAUCUUUUUAGUAAGUAUGAAUCAAACUGCAAAACCCUAUUUAAUGUUGUUGAAGGAAAUAGAUCUGUUCUACACUACCACCAUAUACACUACCAAAAAUAAACAAAGCUUUGUUCCCGUAUUGGGUUUGAGUUAAACUGUAUUUUCUAUAAAAUCAGUCUGAUGUUUGCAAAGCAAUUUUGAAGACAUGGUAUUUUUGUAUAUAGCUAAAGGUUGACCAAGAAUAUAUUCAUAGAAAAUAUCAGGCUAGGAUCUAGCUUGCUUGGUAGAAUGUUUGCUUAGUAUGCAUGAAGCCUUGGGUCAGAUCUCCAGCACUACAUAUUCAGGCUUGGUAGUGAACUUGUAAUCCCGGCUCUAGGGAGGUGGAGGCAGGAGGAUAAGAAGUUCAAGGUCAACUACAUAGCAAAUUGGAGGCCAACCUGCUAUAUGAGACCCUGUCUCAAAACAAAGCAACAAAAUAAAAACAAGCAAAGUAUUCAGCUGCUGUUUAAAAUUGUCCUCCCUACCCCACCCCAGUCACCUAGUUUUUCCAUUUUGUAAACUGAGGAAUAAACUAACUUAGCAAAUGUAAUGAAUGUAGAUGCUCCAAAUGGUGGUAACUCACUUUUCUUGAGACCCUUAAUGGUGGUAAGAACGGGCCUUGCUUUCAAGCCUUACUAAAUGUAACAUGCCUUUGAAUACACACCAAGUCAAAUGUAUUCUUUGUAUGUUGAGCCAGCUAUAAAUGCAUUUCCCAGACUUGAUUGGUAUUGACUGAUUCAAAUAAAGCUGGUUUAUUUUCAAAUACUACAAAAAAGA